AUGGGCAGCGGCUGGGACGUGUGCGCGCUGCUCACCGCCGCGCUGCUCGCCGCCCAGGCUUUCCCCCAGACAAACAUAAAGAUCAGCCAAGCCAUGCCAGAGCCUGUCCACGCCUACUCCUGCCCACUCUUCUGGACUGAGUAUGAAGGGCAUUGCUACCGGUACUUCCCCAUCAACAAAACCUGGGCUGAAGCUGACCUCUAUUGUGCAGAGUUCUCUAUUGGCAUCAGAUCAGCCAAGCUGGCUUCCAUCCACAGCUGGGAAGAAAAUGUCUUCGUGUACGACCUGGUGAACAGCCGCGUGCCUGGCAUCCCCACCGACAUCUGGACAGGGCUCAACGACCUGCGGCAGGAGGGUCACUUCGAGUGGACAGAUGGCUCCUCCUAUGACUACCACUACUGGGACGGCAGCCAGCCCGACGACGGGAUCCACUCGAUUCCCGAGGAGGAGGACUGCGUGCAGAUCUGGUACAGGCACAGCAGCGCGCUGCGCUCCUGGAAUGACAACGCCUGUGGCAGAGCCUUCCCUUUCGUCUGCAAGAUCCCCUCGCUGGCCCUGGACUGA